AUGACUUUGAAGUCUCAGUUUACCAUGGGUGAGGAUGAAGUUGGUCUCUUCGUUCAGUUUAUUGGUCGUUCCAACAAAACAGUCAAAGGCGGUCUCAAACAUCGCAAAAUAGAACACAAGAACAUAAAGCAUUACUUCACAGAUGAAGACACUGACCGGAGCCUGCAAAGCUUAUACUUUACUUACCUAGGGAUUAUUGUUGAGAGGAAAUUUUACAAGGGACCUAUAGCAGGAGUUCUGAAGUUUUCGAAACAGAAUGUUGGUAUGAACAAGCUUGAGAAUCUGAUGAAGAGUAUGUGUGAAAAAGCAGGAUUGGAAGGCAAUUUUACCAACCAAUCAGGAUGA